UUUAUUUCUAUUUUUUUGUCUUCUCCCAGUCCUUCCCUUUAGUUUUAUCAAACUCAUCAACCUUAUCUUGUAGAUUCAUUCAUCAGCAAUUAUCAUUUCUAUAACAUACCCAUUUUAUAUACCAUCUUUUAUUUUUUUUUUUUUGUAUGGACGCGACGACGAAAAUAAAACGCAACAAAUUUCAUUCAAAGUACCAUCAAAUUAUACCAUCCAUAUUUCAUACCACCAAUAAGAAGCAAAACAAUGAAAAAUCAAUCAUCACCACCCCAUCAAACACUUUAGAUAUGCAAACUCCUGAUAUUGUCCUCAAUUCAUCUUCAUCGUCAUCAACAACCCCCACAGGAAUAGUAACAGCAUCAUCGUCAUCAUCAUCCUUAGCAGAAGCAUCCACACCAGCAACAGCAGAAAGAAGAAGAAGAAGAAGACAUCUUGAUCAUCCAUUGACACAUUCCCCACCGCCACCAUCAUCAUCCGUACCAUCAGCAGCUUCACAAUUACUAGUGUCAUCACAUGUACCUUGUUGGGCCCGAUCCAACCAAUCCUUUUCUUCUUCUCUUUCCAGUAUGGCCGAUCAUUCUGAUUCGUUACAAUCUGCCUAUUCAAAUGAACGUCAACCUUCCAUCAUUCGUUCAGAUCGAGUAUAUCAUUAUCGUUUCGCCACUCCAACACAUCCAGGAGAAGAUGAUGAUGAUGAUGAUGAUUCAUCUUCUCGAUUUUCUUAUCAUGUCACCACUCCAUCAUCUCAUCAACAAACAGGAUCAUCCUCACAACCACCAACAGAACAAUUAAAUAGAUCUUCUUUUCCGUUUCUCCGACGAUCUUAUUUUUCAAGAUUUAACUCACGUCAUCGACAACAAAGUGUGAUAUCCAAUGAUUCAAGAAAUAAUCAUACAUCAAUCAUAUCAUCCAAGUCUAGUCGUCUUCAUAGUAGAUCUCAUAUAUUAUUUUUAGGCCGAUCUUUACCUGAUUUUGAAACUUUGGUAUAUUGUUCUGUUUGUGAAAAAUGGAUUCAAUCUAGAUUACGUUAUCGAUCUGGUGCAAUGGUAUGGUUAGCUUCUUUUGUACUAUUAAUGUGUACAGUAUUUUUAUUUUGGAUUCCUUUUUAUAUUAAAUAUUUCAAAGAUACUAUUCAUUAUUGUCCUUCUUGUGGUUGUGAAAUUGGUCGAUCUUCAAUCAUCUGAUAGGUGUUGAUUUUUUUUUGUCUCCGCAACUUCAUUAACUCUUUGGUUGGUCAGAUUUGGUGGAAAACCAAAGAAGCAUGAAGAAAAAAAAAAAGUCUCAGUCACAGUAAUGUCUCUUACUGGCGCAGUUUUCAUUCCCUUACUUCCUUCUUUACUUUUUUUGUUUUUUUUUUUUUUC